AUGAAGGGUCAGAAUCAAAACCCAUUAAACUUGUUUUCAAAACUCUUCAAUGCCCAACUCCACAUCCUCAAACUCCUCUUCUAUUUCCUGCUAUUUGGUGGUGGUUUAACCCUUGGAAUGGUACUUAGCUUUUAUAUGAAAGACAUUUCAAUUAGUUUGCAAUUAGCCCAGUUCUCCUUCUCAACCUCACAAUCUCCAUCCAAUCAACAUACCCUAAUGCCAAAUGUAAAAGCCUUCGAAGCCAAUGCGACCAAGCCUCACAUAGGAUUGAAGGAAUAUCUAAAGCCGCCUAAUGUUCUGCACGACAUGGACGACCAAGAAUUGCUAUGGAGAGCUUCGAUGAUUCCUCGGAUUACUGAGUAUCCAUUCCGUCGAGUUCCCAAGGUUGCUUUCAUGUUCUUGACAAAGGGUCCUGUUCUGCUGGCCCCACUGUGGGAGAAGUUCUUCAAAGGGCAUCAGGGCUUGUACUCAAUUUAUGUGCACUCAAAUCCAUCUUACAAUGGAUCAUACCCCGAAAGUCCUGUUUUCCGUGACAGGAGAAUUCCUAGCCGGGAAGUAGGAUGGGGAAAUGUGAACAUGAUUGAGGCCGAGCGCCGCCUAUUGGCAAAUGCUCUUCUUGACAUCUCAAACGAACGUUUUGUUCUGCUCUCAGAAUCCUGCAUCCCCCUCCACAACUUCUCCACCGUCUACUCUUACCUCGUACACUCCCGCGAAAGUUUUGUACAGGUCUAUGAUGAUCCAAGCUCUGUCGGACGGGGCCGGUAUAAUUCUCAUAUGUACCCGAAAAUCUCAUUGAGCCAAUGGAGGAAAGGAUCCCAGUGGUUUGAGAUGGACAGACGCCUUGCCAUUGAAAUUGUCUCAGAUAAAAAAUACUUCCCAGCUUUCCAAAAGUACUGCAGGGGCUCAUGCUAUGCAGACGAGCAUUAUCUGCCAACAUUUGCGAACAUCAACUUUGGGGCAAAUAAUUCGAAUAGGAGUUUGACCUGGGUUGACUGGUCCAGGGGUGGCCCCCACCCUGCCAAGUUCACAAGAGCUGAUGUCACCGUUGAGGUUUUGAGUAGAUUGAGGAAUGGGACUGCGUGUGUAUAUAAUGGAAAGAGCACCAACGUUUGUUUCUUGUUUGCUAGGAAGUUUGGUCCUGAUACUUUGGAAAGGCUGCUGAGGUUUGCUCCAAAGCUCAUGCGCUUCAACAGAUAA